AUGCGCCCUUUUACCUCGGGCUUCCGCCCAUUGAACACUGUCGUGUCGCAAGCUCAAUCAUACACCUCCAUCGCGCGCGCACCCUCAUCGCGCUUCCUCUCAACCCAAAUCACCCGCCCACGCUUUGCCAUUCGCUCCCUUCCUCGCUCCCAACGCAUCGUCACCCACACUCAAUUCCGAGCCAACUCAAGUGCCGCUCGUCCUCUCACUGCAGCUGCCCCGAGCCAGACAGAAACGGACGCCGAGCGCGAAGCACAAAAUGCAGAGCGACGUAAGAAUGAAGAGGCCUACCGCAUUACCUUUACUUGCAAACCUUGCGGUCAUCGCUCUGAGCACCGUAUGUCAAAGCAGGGCUACCACCGCGGAACCGUUCUGAUUCAAUGUCCUGGUUGCCAAUCGCGCCAUGUCAUGAGUGAUCACCUGGGUGUUUUCUUUGAUAAGAAGACCACUUUGGAGGACCUGCUCAAGGAGAAGGGUCAGGCUUUGACUCAUGGCCACACUGAUGGUAACCUUGAGUUCUGGGACGAUGGAUCUGUGAAGAGCUUUAACUCGGAAGGCAGCAACCAGAUCGGGUCUUCCGAGGAAAAGUCUUAA